AACUUUAUCGUGACGGUCUUCACCAACCUCAACUUCGCGGGGAUGAUAACAGUUAUGAGAGACCACGGGAAGAUGGACUUCUCCCAGUACGACUGUUUCAUCUGCUGUAUCAUGUCUCACGGGGCGCUCGGGAAGGUCUUCUCCUCUGACAAUGUAGGUAUUGAUAUUUGUGAGCUGAUCAAACCCAUGGAGACCCAAAGGUGCCCCUCCCUGGCAGGAAAACCUAAGUUGUUCUUCAUCCAUGCAUGCCAAGGUGACAGAACACAGGGUAAGACGACACGGAGUGACUUCACGCACGACGUGAAAGCCUUACCUUCUAUGCCUUCCUUUACUCACGAAGCUGACGUGUUCUUGGGUCUCUCCACUGUUCCUGGGUUUGUAGCCCCUCGCAACAAUGACGGGUCGCCCUACAUACGCUUUCUGACUGAGGCACUUGACAAAAUGUCCCCGGUCCACGACCUCUUGAAAAUUAUGACAACAGUCUGUAAGCAAAUGAAUGACAUCAAAGACGGAGGGCUGGGAUAUGUUUCUUGCAACCUCAGCACCCUGAGGAAACGGCUCUAUUUUCUCUGUGAUUCAGACUGACUUUUACAAAACACAUUUUCCGAACCGUCACUCGUAACAUCAUCCUAUUUGCCCAUGGCGAAGGAUUUUUAUCAAUGCAAUAAGAGACCCAGUAUACACUACACAGUGGAGUUGUUGAAGGCAUGUGUGCUCUGGUUUUCCUGGAAGAAUGUUUUGAAAUGUACACCAUGUUUUGUCGUUUUGUCACACAUAUAUCCUGGUCAGCUGUAUGUGUUGCUUACACUUGUCUAUUUAGUAUAACACUGUUUUCACGGCACAAGCAUAACUUUGCUUAAGACAAGCUGUCAUGUCCUGGUGCAAUUUCCUUGUACUUAGGCCAAUACAUCUGAGAAAGGCAAUCGUAUUAUUCCGACACAAACAAUUAACUUUGCAUCCUGUUUUAUCAUGUAACCCUUGUUCCUAAUCGUUUGAAUCACUCAGAUUAAGAAGCAUGGUGUUUAGUCUUCAAUAGAACUCUUUAUCGUUGUUGUAAGCUAUUUAGUAGAUAUUAGUCUUGAUGUUUGGCAAAUGUGCUGGUACUUAACUUGCCAUGCAUUGUACCUGUUACAAUUGUGGUCAAUAAAUAGUGAUUCAUAAUCGUAACAUUAGUAUAUGCCAAAUGUUUAAAACUACGUAUGCUACUACAAGAAGACUGUGAAUAAGCCUACAUAAAG